AUGAGCGCAUUUAUCGAACUCACCAAUCCCAACACCCAGGAAGUCACUGACCUACAACAGGACGAUGAUGUCCAGACCAAUGAUCUGCAACAUACAGACGGACUCUACAGGGAUGAGGACCUGUGUCCCUCUGACGCUGCUGCCUUCGACAACCGCAUCGACUUCAAUGCGGUCCCCGUCGGUCUCGCUGCAGGUCGACACAUCGGUCAGGACGCCCUGAAUCAGAGCAUUACUGAGCGCCACGCCGAGGAGUCUGACGAAGCCAGCUUCGAGGCGGCACGUCUCACCCAGGUCCCCUACGAGAAACUGGAGUCCUGGUUUAACAAGGGCAACGAUGCGGCAGCGAUGAACAUUCUCUUCAAGCGUUGGAAGACCGACCUUCUUUCCAACGCAAAGUAUGUCCUCGCUCCCACUGACCCCUCUCUGCGGUUCUCCUUGGCUCGCAAUAGCAUCGACUACACCUGCGUCGUCGCAAAGUCCAUCGGCUUCGAGGCCGUUAUUCCAAACGACCACGGAGUGCGAUGGCAAUUCACUCUCGACCUAAGCAAGACUCACUGGACCUUUCCCCUCUCCAACGCAUUCCUCGGCUUCGAUCCUACUGGAGCCAUGAUGUACGUCGGCGCCGUCGGUGAGGAGCGCGUAUGGAUCGCCAUGGCCCCUAGGGACUUCGUCGACGGUCAAGUGGCUCCUCUGAAGCCUGGCACUGGCGAUGGGUCCACUCGCAUGAGCAUCCAACACUCUCGCGCAAUCGUCCACUUCCUCAUGUAUGCCAUGCUCGACGCCUUCCCCGGAACUCGCAUCGGGGAUCUCUAUCCAGACCUCACCAGCCACACCGCCGUCAUGAACGCAUCCAAUCUGGGAUCAGACUCUCCCAUCUUUCACUGCAACCUCGCCAAGAUGCUUUGUCUGUCACAGAACAUGCGUGCUAGGUGGGACUCUUGGAUCGACAACGCCCCUCCCGGCUACACCGACCCUUGGAUGCGAGACAGCCUCCCUAUCGUCGUCGCCGUUGGCUACGGUCAAGACAACGAGCUCCUCGGUGAAGACAUCCCCGCCGAACGCGCAGAAUGGAAACAGUCCCGCCACUGGGACAGCGUCAGGUUCUUCAGCUUCGCUCUCGCUAGUCACUAUAACGCCACUCAGGCUAUUGGACAGAUAGAGGUCAUGACCCCCGGACUCGUCGAGUACGAGCACGGCCAGGUCUUCGACUGCGACGGCAACAGAAUCUUCGACCUCGCACAAUACGACACUGCUUUCGGUCCCGAUGCUCACGGUCCUAUCUACGACAUUCAUCGUAACUUGCUCCCCCGACGCUUCGAAAAUCUCCACCAAAAGGACUGCGGCCUCCUCAUGGAUCUUCGUCGAGUUCAAUCCCUCUUCGCUUCCUCCUUCUACGGCAUGGACGACCCAGAAAGAGACAUCGACACAGACGACGAAGACGGUCACAUCUACGCCGGCAAAUAUCGCGGCCCAAAGAUCUCCCUCUACCCACUCGCUUACUCUCGUCUCGCAGGUCACGCUUCCAUCAACACCGUCUCUGACUCUGUCAAGAAAGACUGCAUCGCUCGCGUCAACAACGCUUACGGUAAACCUUUUCAUCAACCCCCUGGCUGGACUCUAGACACCUCCGUCGACCCCUCCGCAACUACUUUUAUGAAAGGUUCAAAGACUCUCAUCUACAAUACCGUUACUCACUACGUUCGCCCUCGCGCCUCCUUCCAUGAGGCUCAGCUCGGCCUCAACACCCGCCAGCUCGCUGGGGCUUACGCAGUCUCAGAUCGUAACCGUCGCAUCGCUCAUAACACCGCUUCUCGCCUCCAUGCUUGCCUCCCCCACGUCGCUCUCUCCCAAAGAAUGUCCGUAGACGACCCUUGCAUAGACCUCCGCUAUGAGCAGACUUUCUGUCUCAACUUCGACCACCUCAAGGACAACAUCACCCGCUCUACCGCCGCUUUUAACGUCGUCGUCCAGGUCAUCGCUCACAUGAAUAAAGAAACGACACUGUCCGACAUCUGCCGCAAAUCCAUCGUCUUCACUCCAGGUACUUUCCCAAAGAUCUUCUCAGUCAUGUCCUUCCCUGUCACCUCCCUUAUCGAACGUCUUCGCCAUCUCCUCGCUGUCCAGCAGAACAACUUCAACCUUCGCAAGGCCGUCCCUUUCUAUUACAUAGAACUCAUGUCCGUCCUAGAGAGGGCUCUCAACUUCUGCCACACAGGUUCCGUUCGCGUCAUCGAGCGCAGACUCAUGACCGCACUCUGGACUGGUCUCGCCCUCGUCAAGGACGGCCCCCCUUGCCUCAAUCCUCUCCUCAUCUCUCUCUCUCUCGGCGACAGAACUGCCAUCACUUUCUCCCAUGACCGCUGGCCCACUCAGGAUCUUUUCCCGGCCCUCGCAUCUGGUCGCGCUCAAUCCCUUACCUAUGGUAACGCUCACUUCGAGCGCUACAGGUACAUCGCUGCCGUCGAACAUUCAAUCACAGCCCGCAACAGUCACCUCUACUCCCAUUUACCCAAGCCCCAACGCAUCGCCCUCGCUGCCGCUUACAUCUGGGCCAUUGCUCUCGAGGAAGACAUCAUCGCCUACGUCGCUGCCGAAGUACUCAAGGCUUGGUCUCCUCAUCUCUCCGACCCGUCCAGCGACCUCCAUGACGACGCAGUUCGCAUUUGCACCUCCAUCCUCCCUGCCUGGAAAGCUUCCCCUUACCCCCUCUCCUGGGAUAGAGCUUCCUUCAUCACAUCCCUCAUUCAGACUCCUGGCUCGCCUCCCUGCUCCUCCAUCCCCAUCGCCUCCGACGCUGUUUCUACUACAACAAAAUUCGCUCGCAGGCUCUUCGCAGAGGGUUCGCUUUCCCCUCCCCCUCUUAUCAGGGCUCCCUUCCCUUCCUCGGGCUGGAGCGGUCGUCUCGUCCCCCCCAUCGUCAAACACAUCGUGCGCUCAAAACUUGACAGUCCUCUCACAGACGAGCAGUGGGUCGUCAAGACCUUCAUCACCGUCCUCGACGAUCGCAAGAUCCACUACCUCCCCCAUCAUCGCCCUGCCACUGGCAGAGCGGGCCGUCCUGGCUCCGCCGUCUCUGUCUCUCACUGGAUGUCCCUGGGCGGCAAGCACGAUGUCUCCGACGACAUCCUCACUCUCGAUCCCAGACCGCCGCCCCCUCCCGAGGAUCCCAUCGCUGCUCAGGAUACUCGCACUCCCUGGGCUAUCUUCUCCUCCAAGAUCAAGGACUGGCCAAAGUUCUUCCACAAGGAGAUUCUCCCUUGCGAUCUCAAGUGGGACACCAACACAAUGGGUAAACCCGACAGAGAAACGCUCACCUACGAGACCUACGAUUACUUCAGAUCGGGCAAAGGUAAACUCACAAUGCGCGACCCAGAAGUCAAACUCGCAUUCUUCUUCGGCGCCCUCUUCGCAAAGCAAGUCCCCUUUCACAAGUUCUCCCAACCUAAGCUGCCCAAGUCCUUCGAUUGGUCAAACAAGAACGCCGUCCUCAAGAUGAUUCGCGACGCUCCUUGGGAGAAGUAUACACAGCCUGGCACUCGAGCAGGCCCUCCCUUCGCCCUUAUGUUUCCUGUCUACAUGCUCGCCUGCAUCUCAAGGGACUCCCCCCUCCGACAGCAUCUCGCGUCCACCGGCUACUUGGGUCAUAAGGGUCUCAACUGUCGCGCCUUCAUCAGAAUGGGUCUCGCUCACGGCUCAGGCGCAAAGCUCAACGAGUCCGCCAGAUUCACUGCUCACUCCCCCGGCGACGGCGAGUGGUCCUUCUACUCCCGCGCCCAGCUCAGGAACAUAUGGGCUUCAUUCGAGUCCGAUAUGUCCACCAUCGGUCCCUAUCGCACCAUCGUCAAGAUCAUCGGUAAGGAUCGCGCUGACGCAAUGGCCGCUCGUGGCGAGGUCACCCAACUCCCCUCAGAGAGUCUCGCCGCUCACGACGAAGACAUAAGCGGCGACGACGACAUUGAGCUCGCCCCCACUGCAAAACGCGCCAAGGCCUCUCAGUUAAGAGACCCUUCCAGCGCAAAGAAGCUCAGGACAACCUAG